UCUAGGUGUGUUUAGUACUUUAUCGUUACCCCGUGGGGUACGCUUUGGACCAUACCGUGGACAACGCACACAGGAUGUGGACUCCAUGUAUUGUUGGCAGAUCUAUAGUGACUACAACCGCCGGUCCCAUGUAAUAGACGCGGCAGACGGUAACUCUUCCAACUGGAUGCGAUAUGUCAACUGCGCUAGACACUGGAAGGAACAGAAUCUACUGGCUUAUCAGUAUAAAGGGCAGUUGUAUUAUAGAACAAUAAAAAUAAUACCUCGUUUUACUGAGUUGAUGGUGUUCUACGGCAGUGAGUUUGCAAACGCUCUGCAUAUCAACUUGACUAAAUACAACAAUGCUAAAUAUUAUGGAGAAGUUACUCGUAAAGCAAAACCACUUCUGACCAAAACGACAUCAACGAAAUCUCAAGAGUCUCUAACUGAAGAAAAUUUCGAUAUAAUUGACGAAGAAAUUGAAAAUAAUGAUUCAAACCAACCUUUAUCUGAAAUUAGAAUUAAAAAUAUUGAUACAGAAAACACUACAGUACUAGAAAAUACGGUACAAGACCAUACUCCAAUAGACAUCGAAGAAUCUGGAAAACCUAUGGACCAAGUAUCUGUAGAAAACUUUCAAUUCUUCAAAAUAAACGACGAAAAUCCUUCUAAACCUACAAUUAUCUCAGAAACUAAACUCCAAAAUAAUACUUCAGAAGAAAAAUCUGAAAAAAUGUUAAAAAAAUGCGAAAUUUGUCAAAAAAUUGUGUCCAAAAAGCAUUAUUCCAGUCACAAACAUAUGCAUUUAAAUCCUAAUAGAUUUUCCUGCUCUUACUGCCCAUAUAAAACGUUUAAAAAAUACGCACUAAGCCAACAUAUAAGUGUUCAUACAAAAAUUUAUAAAUAUUCAUGUGAUCUAUGCGAAUUUAAGACUAGUUAUGGGAGAAAUUUUAGGUCUCAUCGGGCAAAACAUGAAAAUCCGGUAACUACAGUCAAAGUUAAGUCCACAAUCGGGUUAUCGGAAAAGAUUUGCCAAAUAUGUGGGUUCAAAACUACGUCUAGAAGUGUUAUAGAUAGUCAUAGAAAAAAACAUAGGAAUGUCAAGUUUAUGUGUGAUUUGUGCCAGUUUAGUACGUUACACAGUUAUAGUCUAUUGAGGCAUCGCCGUACAGUGCAUUCGGGAAAGUAAUGCUUUUAAAAAUAAACUCAUAAUUUAUUAUAGACGUAGCCAUGGGGCGUUUUGGGGGUACAAACCUCCCCUCCUCCGAAAAGUUAAGAUAUAAUUUUACUAGCUAGAAGGGUUAUGUAGGUUUGUUCGUUUUAGUUUCUUGAAACCCCCCUCGAUACUAAAACCUGGCUACGCCUAUGUAAUUAAUAGUGCACGUUAGACGUUAGAAUUCUUUAAAUUACAGUCCAUUUACCUUAAUAUCUAUGUUUUCACCGUCAUCGAAUGGUACUAUAUUUUAUCUCAUUAGAUAGUGCCAGUGUGAACCUUUCGUUUUUAGUCCAAAAGGUAACUGGCUAAUUUUGUUUUUAUCUAGCUAAUUUUGUUUAAUACAUUUGAAUAUCUAGUUUUUAUGAUCAAAUUAAAUAAAUAUUAUUUUAAAUUGAAAAAAAUGCAAA